GAAUUAACAAAUGCAGGCCGGUGCAGUGCCUGGCAGUGUCAGAAGCUUCUUCGACUCGGAUCCAGCAAAACGUAGCCAUUACCAAGGUCGAGGUUACACCCACUAUAAAUGGCUAGCAUCGCUGCUCAUUCUGCAUAAACCCGUAAGCUAACACAAACAGCUCUCUCUGGUCGGUAUUCAGGUUCAGCGUUCUCAUCCUACGAUGAGAUCGCUGCUCCCUGUAGUUCUUCCCAUCCUGAUUCUUGUGCUUGCCGCCCAUGUAUCCCAGGCAGAUAAGAGUUCUGCGGGUGGAAACGGGAAGGGCUCCUAUGGUGGUGGUGAUCACAAAUCAAAUGGUGUAGGGCCGGUGAAAAAUCCACAUUGCCCUAAACCAGGACGUGGUCCGAAUCCCCACGACAAGGAUGGUCCAAGCAAUAGGGGUCGAGGACCGCCAAACAAGGACUGCGAUGAUGCAGAGACAUCACCGUCAUCGCCUGAUGGAGCUGGUCCUUCCCCAGACCAAGGUAACGGUACCCCAUCGCCACCGUCAACCCCGUCUUAUUCUCCACCGGCUCCAUCUGACCAAAGUAAUACUCAGUCACCUCCACCUCCCUACCAACCUAGCACUCAAUCCCCUUCACCGUCAUCAUCAUCUAGCCCCCCACCACAAGCUCCCGCCACCCCACAAAUACCUCCAUCGCCACCACCACCUCCAUCUAGCCCACCCAUAGCACCUCCCGUGGACCCGACUAAUGAGCAGCCUCCACCAUUGCCAUCAUCUAGCCCACCCACAGCACCUCCGGUGGACCCGACUAAUGAGCAGCCUCCACCAUUGCCAUCAUCUAGCCCACCCACAGCACCUUCGGUGGACCCGACUAAUGAGCAGCCUCCACCAUUGCCAUCAUCUAGCCCCCCACCAGUAGCUCCUGCUACACCACCUGCCUACCAACCUAGCCCUCAAUCCCCUCCACCGCCAUUGUCAUCUAGCCCCCCACCACAAGCUCCACAAACACCUCCAUCUAGCCCCCCUGUUACACCUCCAACCUACGAACCUAACGAUCAAUCGCCACCGCCUCCAUUGAAUCCUCCAUCCAUUAACCAACCACCUCCAUCUAGCCCACCCGCAGCACUACCUCCGGUAGACCCAACUAAUGAGCAGCCUCCACCGCCACCGUCAUUUAGCCCCCCACCAACAAAUCCUAGUACAUCUCCACCAUACCAACCUAGCAACCAAUCCUCUCCGCCACCAUCAUCAUCUAGCUCCCCACCGCUAGCUCCAGUUACCCCACAAACACCUCCAUAUAGUCCCCCAAUUGCACCUCCAAGGUAUGAACCUAACGAUCAACCGUCACCGCCACCAUUGAAUACUCCAUCCAUUCCCCCACCGCCACUAGUUACCACACCCGUAACACCUUCAAUGCCCCCGACUAAUGAGCAACCUCCUCCACCAUCACCAUCAUUUAGCCCCCCACCAAUAGAUCCUACCACACCUCCACCCUACGAACCUAGUGAUCAGUCCCCACCACCGCCAUCCUCAUCUAGCUCUCCACCGCUAGCUCCAACCACCCCACAAACACCUUCAUCUAGCCCCCCUGUUACACCUCCAACCUACGAACCUAACAAUCAACCGCCACCAUCUCCACCGAAUUCUCCAUGCCCUCCCCCACCACCUCCAACUAGCCCACCCGCGGCACCUCCACUAGACCCGACUAAUGAGGUGCCUCCUCCACCCUUGUUGUCAUCUAGCCCCCCACCAACAGAUCCUAGUACACCUCCACCAGACCAACCUAGCAGCCAACCCCCUCCACCAUUAUCAUCUAGCCCCCCACCACUGGCUCCAACCACCCCACAAACACCUCCAUCUGGUCCCGAUGUUGCACCUCCAACUGACCAACCUAAUGAUCAACCGCCACCAUCACCACCGAGUCCUCCAUCCAUUCCCUCGCCGCCUCCAUCUAGCCCAUCCACAACACCUCCUAUGGCCCCAAAUAAUGAGGAGCCUCCUCCACCAUCACCGUCAUUUAGCCCCCCACCAAUACCUCCUACUACGCCUCCACCCUACCAACCUAGCAAUCAAUCCCCUCCACCGUCAUCAACAUCUAGUCCUCCACCACUAGCUCCAGUCACCCCACAAACUCCUCCAUCUAGUCCCCCUGCUACAUCUCCAACCUACGAGCCUAGCAAUCAACCACCACCGCCACAUUGCCCUAAGCCAGGACGUGGUCCAAAUCCCCAUGGCGGUGAUGGUCAUAGCAAUAAUGGUCGAGGACCGCCAGAAAAGGAUUGCAAUGAAGCAGAGACAUCACCGCCGCCACCUGAUCCAUCCCCAAACCAAGGUAAUGGUUCGCCAUCACCACCGCCACCCCAGUCUUAUUCUCCACCCAUGGCUCCACCUCCAUUAGAUUCUAGUCCUCCUACUACACCACCGCCAUACCAAACUAGCGAUCAAUCUCCUCCACCGCCGUCAUCCUCUAGCCCCCCACCUCUAGCUCCAACUGCCCCACAAACACCUCCAUCUAGUCCCCCUGUUACACCUCCAACCUAUGAACCUAACGAUCAACCGCCACCGCCACCAUUGAGUCCUCCAUCCAUUCCCCCACCACCUCCAUCUAGCCCACCUGCAACACCUUCAAUGCCCCCAACUAAUGAACAACCUCCUCCAUCAUCACCGUCAUUUAGCCCUCCACCAAUAGCUCCAACUACACCUCCACCCUACCAACCUAGCGAUCAACCCCCUCCACCGCCAUCAUCAUCUAGCCCGCCACCAUUAGCUCCAGCCACCCCACAAACACCUCCAUCUAGUCCCCCUGUUACACCUCCAACAUAUGAACCUAGUGAGCAACCACCACCGCCUCCAUUGAAUCCUCCAUCUCUUUCACCACCACCUCCAUCCAGCCCACCUACAACACCUCCAAUGUCCCCGACUAAUGAGCAGCCUCCUCCACCAUCGCCAUCAUCACCAUUAAGUCCACCUGUCACACCUCCAACGUACCAAUCUAACCAACCACCACCAUCGGCACCACCACCACCUAGUCCCACAACAACAAUGUCACCACCUGGCCCCCCUACCGGUACUAAUGGAUGGGUGCAAGUUCAUAACUUCCGUGACACCUUGUACUGGCAAAUCGCGCGCUUUGCGGUGUUAAUGCACAAGUUGGUAUACAAGAAGGAGAUGACCCUUGUCGAUGUGUUGUAUGUGAGCAUGCAACCUUCAGGAAUUGGCAACAACUACUUUCUUGAGAUAAAAGCUGCGGAUGAAAAUAAUAAGGUCGGCAGGUAUCAAGUGCUCGUAUGGGGUGUGCCUGGGUCAACAGCUCAACCAUGGAAAGUAUUGUCGUUUCAAUUUGUAGGAUACUAAGCAUAAGAAUCUAGCUAGCGGCCAUGUGUGGUAUUUUUAGGGAAAAAGCAUAAAGAAUUUUUGCAGUCAACAUGCGCCUGCAUGUUUGUAGAUUAGUUAAUCUUUGUAGCAUUUAGGGGCUUGAUAUACCAAUAUAUGAUUCUGAUUUCAAUGAUAAAUUUUUCUUGUGCUCUUAUUCAAAAUUGCCUGAAAUUUAUAAAAUAUGUUUGGACAUGUAAUCAUAUAACUAGAAGCAUAAGCAUGAUUCACUGCCCCGUUUGUUUGAUGGUUGCCCUGUAAUUCCUGCUGAUUUUUCCUGCUUAUUUGUAGUUCACUAUUUUGUUAGUUCUAAUCUUUGUUACAGGUAGUAGUUUUUAACAUUAAUAGUGCCUGCAUGCUGGCAAGAAAUAUCCUAGGCAGUAAAGCUGCGUGUGUGCAGCUAUCUAGAUCAAAGAAGAAGGUGAAAGAUGCUAGUAACAUGACGGUAGUAACAGGUCAAAAAGAAUUUGACAGUAGUCUUUGCUGAUCAGUAAGUGAUUAGUUGUACAAACAAUGAGCUGCAUGUAAGCUAGAUGCGAAAGUCAAUUUGGCUAGUCACUAAGUA